AUGAAUGUCAUUCACCAAGAAGAAGGUUUCUGUCAGAUGAACAACAUAAGAAAACCAUUCAUAAGUGAUUGGUAUACAUUAACGGUCAAUGGCACAAGUCCCUUAUGCAUAACUCACAGCUUAAAUGAAAUACCCGCCAAAGUAGACGUUCAAGUAAAAAUUCUCCAAAGUGGCAAAGAAUACAUAUUUCCAGGACUUGGUUCCACUCCAAAAGAUGACGAUAUUCCUAAUGAAUAUGGAGGAGUGGCGUAUGGAUACAAUUAUUCACAUGUUCUGUUGUUUGUUCCUGUGAUCAAGCCUAGUUAUGGUGGUGGUAUCGGGCGUGUUUUAACUACAGGUGGUUCCUCAUACACUGGCCCAUUUAUUGGAUCCUUUGAAACCUGUAAAGUUCGCAUUAGAGCUUGGAAACUAUCAGAUUGGCCAAAACCUGAUUUUAGUCUUACAUCUGGACUGACGAUUUCUACAGCAAAUCCAUAUCAAAAAGUUUAUCAUUGCCUGGGAGCAUACCCAGAUUUUGUGACUGUCCAAAUUAUGCAUCCUGCAGGGCUGGUUUCAGAAGGACUUGAUGAUUACGUAACCUGCUACAGGGAUGGAUGGGGAAAUGGUAUCAAUAUCAAUGCAGUGUCUGCUGACGUCAUCAUUCGAGCAUGGAUACUUUCGUCAUCAGAUUUAUCAAACACGAAUAACUUCGGGUACGUCAAAGGUGACGUCUUGUCCGGAGCAGGAGUAAUACCCAUGUUAAACUCAAUUGACCUGGACUUUCACUUAGUCAAUGUUGAGGUUAGGGAUACCUCAGUCAGCAAAGGAAAAGUGUUUUACGGAGCUGGAUCUGCCAACCUUGGUUACUUGGGGGAAUCAUACGGGGGCGUGCUUUUUGGCUACACACGAACAGAUAUUUUGUUAUGA